AGGACCUAGAGGCUCCCUGUGCCAGGAUUCAUUCCAGCUGUAGCAGCAGAUUGCCCUCAGUGCAUGUGAAGCUGGAGCUGAACCUCCUCUCUGCAUGAAAACACUCUUCCAACAUGGCUGGUAAGGUCCAGGCUCUGACAGAGGAGGAGAGGGCCCACCUGCUCCCCCUGCUGCGCAACGCUCAAUGGGUGGAAGUGGUGGGGAGGGACGCCAUUUACAAAGAGUUUGUUUUUAAAGACUUCAAUCAGGCUUUUGGCUUCAUGUCCAGAGUGGCUUUACAAGCAGAGAAGAUGGACCACCAUCCUGAGUGGUUCAAUGUCUACAAUAAGGUCCAGAUCACACUCAGCACACACGACUGCGGCGGACUGUCCCAGCGUGACAUCACCUUGGCCACCUUUAUUGAUCAAGCAUCACUGAUGUGAGCGGUGACACCCUGACGCUCACAGAUCCCUCUAGUAUUCAUCCCAGUGAAUAAACCCCCCAGGACGGCACCUAGAAAACCCAAAGAAUAACAAAAUAAUCACUUUCAGUCCACUGGGAACUGUAGCUGUAUUGUUACACUGUGAUGGUCACGUUUUUUCUUAAAAUGUGUUAUAUUGUUUUGGUGGUGGUUUUUGUACUGAGUAAAUGUUAUUGCUGGAUAAUUCUUCAAAGGGAAAGGGAGCAGACGUCAAAUAUUAUUCCUCUGAGGACGUAUCUACAUGAUAUUUGUUAAAAAAUCCACAAUAAAUUCCUGGAGAACCGUUCCGCUUGUUAUCUCAGAUAACAUUUACAGAGCUACACCUGUGCCUUUCUGUCAGACUGUGUGUCUUCAUGUGCCUGAUGUUUGUUCGUGCUCGUACCUCUUCAGUGUUGACAGUGAAAUUAAAAGUUACUGGAAGCAAA